AUGUACAUUUUGCUUGCGUUACCUCUCCUCCACAACGGUUUACCGCCUCAUAGUGGCGUGGAGGUGACACUGGGCGUCGAACUGCGAUGCACAGCGGAGGUUGGGCGACGACCUGUGGUGAAAGCUAAGCUCGCCGUGGCAUGGCUGCUUAGUUUGGGGAAAAGUCUCUUUGCCACUCCAGCAUAUUCACUGCCUCAGUACCCUGCACACUGGGCCCUGCCGUCUCAGACGUCGGACGGUAUGGCGACCGGUGAGAGGCGAUCAAAUCUCAGGUUGCUCAGGACGUCAUUGAUUCUGGACCAAGGCGACACACGCACGACUCGCCAUGGAGACUGUCUCAGACUGUGUACUUACAACGCGAGAACAGUUUCCACAGACGCCGACCUGCAUGCCCUUCUCGGAGCUGCAGAGCGUAUCAAAUUUCACGUGAUUGCUCUGCAGGAGACCAAGUGCAGAAGGAGCGACGUACGACAGAUGAAUGACGGUACACUCGUCAUUCGUGGAGAGAAGGUUCCGUCGCGAAAUGUAGGCGGUGUUGGUUUCGUUGUGCACCCAUCUGUCGUCCAUCUCGUCGAUUCUCACGAGAUCCUGUCACCUCGUCUGGCCAUUCUUCGCCUCCGCCCUCUGCGCCAAAAAUCCAUCAGUAUCAUCAACUGCUAUUCACCAACAUCAGCAGCUGAUGAUUCCGAAUUGGACGCGUUUUACGAGGAGCUGGAGGAAGUAGUCCACAACGAGAAGUCCUUUUACAAAUUCGUUGUCGGAGACUUCAACGCAAAACUAGGAAAGGCCACAGAAGAGGAAUACAGGAUUGGAAGAUUUGGACUAGGGGACCGGAAUGAAAAUGGCAAUCGUCUCGCCGGGCUGUUGUCCGCCGCUCGCCUCUUUCAUGGGAACUCUCUUUUCAUGAAAAAAGAUCAUCGUCGGUGGACAUGGGAAUCGCCCAAUGGCGCGACUCGUGCGGAGAUCGACCACAUACUCACCAACCGGAGGUGGUGUCUACUUGACGUCUCAGUAGUACCAUCCUUUUGUAGUGGUUCUGAUCACCGUCUCCUUCGUGCGAAAAUACGACUUAGCCACACGAUGGAAAAGAACAUCUGCUAUCGGCAACGAAGGAGAAAAGAAGUCGUCUACGACGAUUGCGUACUCGAGGACUCCCUGUCCCAAGGUGACUGGCACAUCGAGGAGGACCCAAACGUGGACUACGAGAUGCUGCUCAGAGGAUUACGAGCCUGUGCUGAACGUGCCUCGAAGUCGCGCACGACAAACUUGGAUCGAAUUUCGAAGACCACCAAGGAAUUGUUAGGAAGAAGAAGGGCUUUGAGGCUUGAUCCGAAUGCAUCGCACAUUGAGCGGUUAGUAGCAAACACUAGCUGCAGAAAAGCGUUGCAGGAGGAUCUUUCGAAGUACAGGCAGAAGAAGAUUCUAGAAGCAGCACAAAGAAGAACGAGUCUAAAGAAGUGCCGCAGGGACCUCCGCGAAUAUAAUAUUCCGCUAGCAACCUUGCUGAGCGAAGACGGGACUCGCACGUCUUCUCGUCGUGAGAUGGAAAUCAUUACGGAGAGGUUCUACUCGAACCUUUUCCGUUCAUCAACUCCUGUGUCAAGCCCAAUCAUCCCCACUGGCGAUGCUCCACCACGGAUUCUCCCUUCGGAAGUACGAGUCGCUAUCAAGAGCAUGAAACCUGGCACAGCCCCCGGACCUGAUUUUAUAUCAGCAGACUUUCUUCGGGCUGGUGGCCAUCCGCUUCAUGUAAUCUUAGCAGCGCACAUGACAUCCUAUCUUCAGAAAGAAAGGAUCCCAGACCAGUGGAAGACCUCGCGAACCGUUCUUAUCCAUAAGAAAGGUGACCGAGAGGACCUUCGGAACUACCGUCCGAUAUGCUUGCUGAGCGUGUUAUACAAAGUAUUCACCAAGAUCAUCCUCACACGCAUAUCUAGGACGCUGGAUGAAGCCCAGCCUCAAGAACAAGCUGGAUUCCGCCAAGGGUUCAGCUGCUUGGACCACAUCCAGACCGUGUCGAGGGUCAUAGAGGUUUGCCGGGAAUACCGCCUGCCCCUUGUUCUAACCUUCGUCGACUAUGAGAAAGCCUUUGACAGCGUAGAAACGAAUGCAAUACUGUCAGCGCUGGUCGAUCAAGGUGUGGACGCGUCGUAUGUGAGGACAUUAGCCAAUUGCUAUGAACGAUGCACGACUAGGAUACAGCUUUUCCACCGCCCUCUCACCAUACCCAUUGGAAAGGGGGUACGACAAGGCGAUACUAUAUCGCCGAAGCUGUUCACGGCUGCAUUGCAAUGGAUAAUGAAAUCACUAUCCUGGGAAGAAAAGGGCAUACGUGUUGAUGGAAGAUUUCUUUCGAACCUUCGUUUCGCGGACGACAUCGUUCUCUUUUCGAGCAGCACCAAUGAAGCAGAAACGAUGCUCAACGAAUUGAACGAAGCAGGGAAGAGAAUAGGACUACGAAUAAACAGAAAGAAGACACAGUUCAUGAAGAACGCGCACUGCGAGGACGGAGGAGUACAACUUGAAGGCUCCCAAAUCGUGGAAACUCCGUCAUACGUAUACCUCGGACGUUCUAUGAACAUGGAAAACGACUUGAAGGAAGAACUGAAUAGAAGAAUGAGAGCAGCAUGGGCAGCAUUCGCAGCCGUCAGGGAAGCUACGGACCAACUGACGGACCAUGAUCUUCGUGCCCAUCUGUUCGACUCGACAGUCCUUCCAGCGCUCUGUUACGCAGCGGAGACGUGGGCAGACACCGCGGCCACGUCUAGGAAGCUACUUAUUACCCACAGAGCCCUUGAGAGAUGUCUCCUGAAGUUUAACCGGCGCACACAACACCUUGCCGGUCUUCGUAGCUCCGACUUAAGAGGAAUGUCCCGUCUUCGCGACCCAGCGGAAUAUGUAUCGAAAGCAAAACAUAGAUGGGCCGGUCACAUCAUGAGAAGAAUCGACGAUAGAUGGACUAAAAGAACGCUAGAGCGGAUCCCAAGGGACGCUAAACGCCCCCGAGGGAGACCGCCAACGAGAUGGAGUGACGUGUUCGCUGCACGGAUGGACCAGCAGAGAGCUCAGCUGGAUACGGCUCAAGGACCUCGUCAACGUCACUCACGAAGCUUGAGAACAUCUUGGAUGACAAUGGCGAGGGAACGAAACGAGUGGAAGAGAUGCUGGGGCCCGCACGUCGAGUGA